CACUACAGAGUGAGAGAAAAGCGCUUCCGAGCGCUCAAUCCUGUCACUGUACAGACAUGAACCGAGCUCAGCGAGCAAUAAUCACAUCAAUGAUUUGUAUUCUUCGCGAUUAACACUUGAUUUUUCUUUAUCGCUCAAAGGUGCAACACUUUUCCGUCCCAACCGACCUGUCUCCGUUCAGAAAUCGUUCAAUCGUUUGCGCUGGAUCUGUCGUGCCAGAAGAUGUGUGUGGAAAGCGAUGGAUGUGAAAUCGAGGGGUGCAGCAGUUCGGAUGAGGUGCACACGCUGUCUGGAAGCAUGAGUCCGGCUCUUAAAUCCAGUCCAGACCUGCAUCCCUGCAAACCUGGGCAGAAAUUCCGUGCCGCAUUACUCCGAUGCCGGUCUCCACUCGUUGCCGCCGGGAUUCUGAGUUUUGGAAAUGUGCUCAAUUACAUGGACAGAUACACCGUAGCAGGUGUCCUCCUUGACAUACAGAAACACUUUGACGUUAGUGACAGCGGAGCAGGCUUGUUGCAAACAGUUUUCAUCUGCAGUUUCAUGAUAGCCGCACCCAUUUUUGGUUACCUGGGGGACCGAUUCAACAGAAAGAUCAUUCUGAGCUGUGGAAUCUUCUUCUGGUCCUUUGUGACGCUGCUAAGCUCCUUUAUUACCAAAGAUGUAAGUGUCAUACUCUCUUUCUCCUCUACAAGCAGCAGCUUAAACCUUGCUCAGAACCUCUUAAAGGAAUCAUGUCAAUGUGAUUAUCAUUUUAGAAGAAUCUUAAAAUACAAAUGUAGUUUGUUUUUGCUCAGAAAGCGCUAG